AUGAGAAGUUGCUGGCAUCUUUUUCUGUUUACUUUUGUGCGAGCUAGUGAUUAUCCAUCGGGAAGAACGAUCGUCGAUGAAGCGCCUCAGAAAAUCGUUGAAGCUGGGAUGAAUUGUGUGGGAACAUUUCCACUCGGUUACAAAUCACCCGAAUUCCUAUUGUCUCCCACGUGGACUCAAUAUCGUGGUCAGCAGACGUGUCUCCCGGUGAUCGAUUGCCCCGAUUGUGACAUGGCCAUUGUAGAUCUCUGUUGGACUCAUUAUUCGGAUAAGAAGCAAACAAAAUAUUAUAUCAAUGACAAGCAAUAUGAUCCAGUGAAUUGUGAAUCCGGUGAUGCAAUAAUUCAACCAACAAACGCUUACAAUGCGACGUGUUGUCGCUAUCGGGUGCCGAUAGUGGGCAAUCGUUUGACGGUGAGACAAGAAAUGGGGCAGCUCGUUUUUCUCGCCUACUAUUCCGCAUCAAUUCGAUUGGAAAAGCUUUUAAAUGGUGAUGUUUGUUUAACCCAUAGCUCUGUAAACCCCGUGGUCAAGGACACAACCCCGGUCGUUAUCUUGAGCUCGGAGACGCCCGAUCAGAGCCGAAAUCUGACAGCGGUCAUCUCACCGAGAGACACCGAGUUUUGGGUGCUCUGGGCGUUGAGUUACAAUGCAGACACACAUCUAGCUGAGUUCCCCGACGCAGGCGGUGACUAUCGAUUUAUGCUGCCGAAAAAUCGCGAGGACGAAUGCGAAUACGAAAUCUAUGCCGGUGGAAUACCGGUCAAUCGAACCACUGAAUCGAAACAGUUCUUGCUGAAAACGAGAGCCAAAGAAGACUUUCCAUAUCAACUCUUUACCGCCACUCAAUACGCUAUUCUCGUGCCCCGAAAAUGCUCUCCAACAAUGGAAAUCAGCCCAUACCAAAACUAUGAAGAUGUUGGAAUCAUCAGAAAGCAAUGUGAUGGGUAUUUCUUUGCGCAAAGUGAAGGAUAUGGAGAGCCGAGUAUCCCCUAUGAGCAUUGGAUCCCAUACCAGUACUGCUAUCAUUGUGACUCUCAUGACGUGAACAUCACAUUAGAAAUCGUUCGAGUCGAGAACGACGUGCUCACGAUCGAAAUACUCGACAAAGACAAUAAGCGAGUGAACGGAUUAAUGAGAUACGAUAACCUCUCCACUUUUCCUGCCUAUCUUGAUGUAGCGAAUGUUCGAGAAAUCAAUUUCGAUUGGUCGAAUCUCGAUGAAUCUCCGGCUUAUGAAACAAUGGGUUUCCUAGCGAGAUUUUCGAUGAAACUAAGUGGAAAUGAGCAAACGACGACUACAAAAACCACCACCACGACAACAACAACGACUACAACCACUACCACACGGGCGCCAAUAACUUUCGCUCCGGGUACCAAUUGUGGGAAGAUAUUUCCACUCGGCCUCAAGUCACCCGGAUACACAUUACAUCCAUCUUGGAUUCAAGCUGCAAAACAGCAGACGUGUCUUCCAGUGAUCGAUUGUCCUGAUUGUGAUAUGGCUAUUGUGGACCUCUGUUGGACUCAUUAUUCGGACAAGAAGCAAACACGGUUUUGGAUCAAUGACAACAUUUAUGACCCAGUGAAAUGUGCUCCCGAGAAUGCCACAAUUCAACCAACAAAUGUCUACAAUUCGACGUGCUGUCGUUAUCGUGUCCCCAUAUCGGGUAAUGGGUGGAUAAUGCGACAAGAAAUUGGGCUGCUCAUUUCCACUCCCUACUACACCGCAUCGAUUCGAUUGGAGAAAUUCUUUGACGAGGCGACACCGAGUGUCAUCUUGAGCUCGGAGACGAUUGAUAAAAAAAGAACAGUAACCGCGGCGAUCCCUCCAAGAGACAUUGAUUUCUGGGUGCUCUGGGCACUGGGUGCAGAAGUGGAUGGGGAAGAUUCGAGGAAAUUUACUCCAACUGGCUAUUAUCGAUUCAUGUUGCCCCUAAACCGAGAGGAUGAGUGUGAAUAUGAGAUCUAUGCUGGUGGAAUUCCCGUCAAUAGAUCUCUCGAAACAAAGCAACUCUUAUUGAAAACAAGAGCCAAAGCGGAUUUCCCCGAACAAUCGUUUACUGCCAGUCAAUACGCUGUCUUUGUUCCGCGAAAAUGCUCCCCAACACUGGGAAUCAGUUCAAUUCAGAAAUAUGAUUCCGAUGGCUUCACCAGAGAAAUAUGUGAUGGGUAUUUCUUUGUUCAAAGUCCAGGAUAUGGAGAAACGGGGGUUCCGUAUGCGGAAAGCUUAUUCCAAGCUGUUUACACAUGUAGCUUGCACAACGUCAAAAUCACAGUUGAAGUGGUGACUGUGGAAAGGGAUGUGCUGGAGAUUGACUUCGAUGUGAAAUUUGACCCCAUCAUGUAUGAAAAUACGGAUGAUGGAGAGUUCUACUACAAUGCGUCUUCGCAGUUUCCUGCCCUUUUCAGCAUGGGCGAUGUUUGGAGCAUAGCCUUCUCCUGGUUGCUCAAUCCGUCUUCGGCUCUUGAAACAACGGGCUGCCUGGCGAGGUUCACGGUGGAACCGAGUGGAAAAUCAACAACAACAACUACGAGAAAUCCAUCGUUUGCUAUUCAUGGAAUUCGAUUGGCUGAUUUGGGGACCAUAAAAAUCUACGGUCGUUCAUCGUGUGACUUCAUCAUCGAUUUCUCACAUCGUGAGUGCCAAAAUGCUUCGAAAGGAAAUACAAAUGAGGAAAACCAGUCGAGUCUCAAGAACCUAAUCCUCUGCUAUGAUUCAUAUCCAUUCACAAUCAAUGGCCGACCACCCUUUAAUCCUCAUUGUGAACUGAUGCCGAUUUCUCUACCCGAUUCGGAAUCCCCGAUCUCUAGCCCCAGUGCUUUUAUAAAGCUUUACUACUGUUCUUACGUGAUAAAGAAUCAGGAACAGCUGACAGUUCGAGGCUGGACCGACAAGGGAUUCCACGAUUAUGCCAUUUCGUUUCGGGUCAAACAAUGGGUGAAUGAGUUAAUGCCAGUCAUCGUUGUUCCGGCCAGCGCCCUAUUUUAUCGGGCUGAAGCUAUCCUAAUCCGACAGAAUUCGAUGGCCAUUUUUGUCAUGAAUCCAACCCUUAGCAGUGGCACAGGCUCAAUGCUACAGCUCUUGGUGGAGGGAACACAAUCUUUGGAUGCUGAUGUCUUUUUGAUCCCAGAUCUCACUUGUUAUGAUCCGAUAAGGUAUAAGGCGUUCUAUGGAUCGGAUCCCGGACACAAGUGGAAUGAGACUUUGGAUAUUGCGCUCGACUCUCAAAUCUACACGAAAACCACCGUCACCACCCUGUAUGGAAGUGAGAAUUGUGAUUACAAAGUCGUCUUUACCUCUCAUGCUGCCACCGCAUCCGGUAACCUGCGGCAACCUAAUCAACUAGAUCAUUUGGCCUACAUCACUUCGUACAACUAUCCGUGGUCAUUCGAUGAUCCAAUCGAAUACCCGAAUUGUCAAGUUUUUCAACCCGAAUUCUCUGGUUAUGUCACAAAAGCCGUAAAACGCUUCUUUUUCGAAGUUGUCUCUUUGGAGAAUGGAGUCAUUUACUUAUUGGGCGAUCAAGACCGUAGUGGUCAAAGUCUUUGUACACCAUUUUAUGUCUCGGACAAUAUCACCAUCACCGUGAGCACGCUACAAUACUUUGAGCUCUUUUUUGAAUGUGUUCAAGUGGUCUUCUGUCCCGACAAACCACUGACUAGCAACCGGUUCGGUUUUGUGGCCAAAAUGGGAAUGCCGCCGAUAAGACCCAAGGAUACGCUGGAAUGUGGAAAAUAUUUCACCCUCACAAUAGACGAGCCACAAGCCAUUCUGUCGAUGGAGGCUGUCGAGAAAGCAGGACUUGAAGUUUCGCCGAUCUGUGUUUUAAGCUACUGCAGUUCAUUACCUGAAUGUAGAAUCACCGUCGACAUUGGCCUUCGCUGUCCCAUACAGAACUUGGAAUCGUGUUUGGCCUUGGAUAUCUCUCCUUUUGCUAUUAAUGGCGACUAUCCGGUCAUCGACGAAUGGGAGAAAAUAUUUACGGCUGACAACAACUCGGUUCUAUUGAAAUCUCAACUCGAGGCUGGUGGAGUGAUCUAUUUGGAUCGAGUGGAGUUUAACAGUUAUAUAGCCGAUGGAGUGCUCGCCUUUCGAACCAAAGAAACCGUGUUUUCCGAGAAUUUCCGAUUACUUUCCAUAUACACAGAGCAAAAGCAAAAGUUUCGUAUCGAAGCGUCGAAUAGGGCGACAUGGCUCUCUUUGGCAUCCGUCUUUAAUUCGUAUACUUUACUACAAAAACUUCGAUGGGAUCGCCCAAGUCAACUCUGCAACUAUAAAUUAAUCGCCGGAUCACCAGCUGGAUAUGUCGAACAUUCAGAACGUCUACUUCAUAGUUAUGGAGAUUUGGACCCAUUCUUCGAGCCAAUUCUCCUUGGUGGACUCUACAGUAUUCACAUACCGGCUGGGUGUGCCCCAAGUCUAGCGCUUGAAACGAUGUCGCUUGCAUCGACAACCUAUCGCCCACCCAACAUCACCCAGCAACUCUGUCGAGGUCGUACAUUCAUGAUGUCGCGGGGAUUUGGGAACCCAAACCACUUCCGCGCCGAGGUCUACUCGUUUGUAGAUACCGAAAGUUUUACACAAAGAGUGAUUUGUGACUCGUUUCCCAUCAACAUUGCAAUCGAUGCAAUGGCGACUGGUGAUGGAAAGUUGAAGAUUGAAUUCUUGAAUCUUUUUGGACAAUGGAAACCUAUGAACCUGACUAAAGACUAUAAUCUAACAGGGAAACACAUUGAAACGAAUGUUCAAGGAAUAUCGGCCUCCUGGAAACUCAAAGCCAACCAAUUGGGGGAAUGUAUGCUUAAAGUUGAAAUCGACAGAAUGGCAGCAUUUCAACCAAGAAAUUUCACCAAUCCGACGCUUUCUUACAAAGAAAAUAGCUCCAAUGAUGAAAUUCUCUACUUAUUGAUAAUCAUUAUUGUUGGAACAUUUAUCAUUUUUGUUUGGUGUAAUCGCGUGAUCGUGGACGGCGAGAAAAAGAUGAGUGAACGAACGAAACAAAUGCAGAGGAAAUUUUUUGCCGCAUUGAGCGUUUUGAUCAUUGUCCCAACGACCCUUCUCGGCCUUCCCUGGAUCUAUUACGCGAUCAUUACUCUCAUGCAAUUAGACGUUAUCUAUCAAGAAGUAAACAACUUCUUUUUUGCUCUUUUGUCUUCUCACGGUUUAUUUGGAUCGAGUGCUCUUUUGAGCUUCGUCAUCUCUCUCGUUUUGUUGCUCUGGGCCGUUUGUGAAAAUUACUUGACGGCUCGUGUUCGCUUUUACGAACUUUUUGACGCAAUUGGUUUUUUGAGCCUUUUGGCGACACUUUUGUGCAUCAACGGUGUUUUGGGUGAUUGCAAAGAUCUCUAUAUAGAAGCCAAGAAGAUCUCGGCAUCCGUUUCUGUAAAGCUGAUUUUUGUUGUUUUUCUUGAGAUACGCUACUUGAAGGCUAAAGUUGACGAUUGCGUGCAAAUAAGAGGAUUUGGCAAUCCAUGCAAUGACAAAGUUGAUGCCGUGAUGGAGUCUUUGACACCCGGAUCUCCUUCAUCUCCGUUUACCUGCAAAGCUCCGCCGCCUCAUGAUUUCGUCACUGCGCCGCCACCAGUCCGUUCAGCGACUUCGGCACCAGAUGCCGACAAGCAACAGCUGCGACUGGAGGUGAAUCGCGCCAGCGACAUUCGGUAUUCCGGUGAUGUCAAACGCAAGGAGAAAAUCAACGCUUAUCUCAAUCAAAAGGUUGAGCCGCUCAUUGAGCAAGCCAUCCAUGCCAAGACGAACAAUGAUAAGCAAAUCGCCAAGGCGUUGGGUACACGAUGUGUCGACAUUGUUCUUACGCUUGGACAAACGCAAUGCACAAUUCGGAUCAACAAAAAGAGACGAAGGGGGACUCGGAGACGAGACCGUUGUGAUUUGGGCAAGCGUGGA